UGCUCGCUCGGGGCGCCGUUGGGCUCUGCGCUUCUGUCCGGCGCAGCGGGUCUGCAUGUGGGCUCUUCAUCCCAUCAUCUCCCGCUGGACCUCCAUCUUCGGGGAAAACUCGACCCUGGAGCUGAUGCAUUGAGCAGGACUAAGAAAGGAAGAAGGAGUAGAACUGUGUUUACCGAACUACAGCUGAUGGGCUUGGAAAAACGAUUUGAGAAACAGAAGUAUCUCUCAACUCCUGACAGAAUAGACCUUGCAGAGUCUCUAGGCCUGAGUCAGCUUCAAGUCAAAACAUGGUAUCAAAACAGAAGAAUGAAAUGGAAGAAAAUCGUGUUGCAAGGAGGAGGACUAGAGUCUCCGACCAAACCCAAGGGCCGUCCAAAAAAGAACUCCAUCCCCACCAGCGAGCAGCUGUCGGAGCAGGAGAGGACACAAGAAGCGGACCGCUUAUCCGACGGCGGUGCUUCUUCACUUUCUGACGCAAGCCAAGAGGAAUAAACGAGGACAUCCGUGCGAAUAUGUUUGUCUCCAGGACGCGAACGUGCCUAUAAUCGGCCUCUUUGGAUCAGUGUGCACCGAUGCCUUUAUGUUGGCACUUACAGACCUAACCACUUGGCCUGAUUUUAUACUACCUAUGUUUUGUUUGUUUGUUUGAUUACGCCAACUUUUGCGGGCCUUGAAAAAUCAUAGUGAACUUUAUCCAGGGACCAGAGCGGUGGUUAGAAGUGAAUGAGCUUUUUCUCAGCAUUGAAGGCUGUGGUAUCAUGAACUUUUUAUCGGCAUAUAUUGUGCUUU